AUGGUCAAUCACGAACGAUCAGCGUCUCAGUUCGCUUUGGUAGCCCACGGAUGCAUCCUUAUCUCACUUGGAUUUAUGCUCUCCCAGCUCAUGGUGGACGUGAAGCUAGCGCAGACCCCAUCGUCGUCGGUCGUCGAACACGUGGCCUAUACGUUGUGUCCUUUCCGAGCUACUACCUGGCGGAUAGAUCUAGCUACUGGACGUAUGGUUCUCGAUGUGAUAUAUGUUUACUUCGGCGUCGCGUGUUUCCUGUUGUUAUCAAACCACAUCGUCGAGGGAACAAGGAUCGUCUGGAUCGUAACUAUCACCAUUGUCCUUGUCAUCGGUCGAAUGAUUUAUUUUGGAAGAAUGCUCUACAACGGUCACGAUUACGAUGAGAUUCCUAGCGGAGUAAAAUUCAACAUGGGGAACCUGAAUUAUCCCGCCGAUCGCGCACCAGGAACUGAUUUGGAAUUGGAAGCGUUGGGGAGCUCUGGGCCUUGA